UCCCCGGCGCUUCGGUCCCACUGCGCAUGUUCUCUGUCCCCUACAGAGACCAGGGCUUGAGUCUGCAGCACCUGUCUCUCUCGCCUGCAUCCCUCUGGGCAUCCCGGCCCCGGCUAUGACGGCUCACUCCUUUGCCCUCCCAGUCAUCAUCUUCACCACGUUCUGGGGCCUCAUCGGCAUCGCAGGGCCCUGGUUCGUGCCGAAGGGACCUAACCGUGGGGUGAUCAUCACCAUGCUGGUAGCCACUUCUGUGUGCUGUUACCUCUUCUGGCUUCUCGCCAUCCUGUCCCAGCUGAACCCCCUGUUUGGACCCCAGCUGAAGAAUGAGACCAUCUGGUACGUGCGCUUCCUGUGGGAGUGACCAAGCAACUGCUGCUGCGUGUGGCCCCAGGUAUCCCAGUGUUCUGGAUGACCCUGGCUUGACAUCCCUGGUGACCUUCAUCCCACCUUCCCCACGGCUGUCCUGGGCCCUCCAUGCUCCCCUGUGUUAGCACUUCAAGGUCCACACGCCCAGGGAUCAGUGAGUUCUAGGACAUCCCAUCUUCCCAGCCAGUGGGGGGUCUGGAAGCCCAGAGCCAGACUAGAGCCAGGGUAUCCCUGAGGUUUCCUCUCCUUCCCUCCCCAGCCGGUCCUGGGAGCAGCUGGUCCAGGUAGGCUCCAUUUCUCACAGGUGGGACACAGGUGAGGACAGCGUCCUUGGCCCAAGGUGGGGGAUCUGUCCCCCACCAGCUGUGAGGUACCCAGAGCUGUGAGGACAGAGCUCGCACAUUCUGUCUGGUCCCUAGCCUCACUCAUUGUUACUUAUUCAGUGCCCCUUCACUUGUGGUGGAGCAGCAGCAGAAUCUAAUGUGUCUCACCCAGAUUCCUCGCUCUGGUCUGCCACCCACUCAGCUUGGGGCCCCACACGGACCCAGCUCCCCAAACCCCUUCCUCCCCUCACCUCUGCAGCCUUCCCGUGGGGUGGAGGUGUCAAGCAUGACUGAAAAACCGAUUUGUGUCUAAUAAAUAACAAUGAUGCAAGAUUUUA